AACAGUUUAAAGCUAGGAAACCUGAACUGAAUUUAUGUAAGCUAUUGGUCGGGAAUCGCUUUAAAAUAUCAAAUGUCAAAUUUUGCAUUCUAAUCAAUCAGAAACUGGCAACUUGUGACGAAAAUCAAUCAAAAGACCACAAAAUACGUAAUCAUGUUUACAAGCUUGUCUGAAGAAGCAUAUAAAUAGAAGACAAUAUUUUCACUAAACGUUCGGACAUUCGGCUUGCACGUUCAGCAUGAAUACCAUCUAUAUACUUACAGCCUUAUGCGCUGUUUUCGAUAUUUCACAAGGUAUAAAAUAUGGAGGUAUCAUGGCAGGCGGCGGUGGUGGAAUGAUGCCAUAUUCAGGUGGGAUGAUGGGCCGUGGAAUGCGCUAUGGCUAUGGUAGUUUGGGCGGCGCAAUGGGAGGAACCGGCUUUGGAGGAAUGCGCGAAAUAGGAUAUGGCAGAACAGGCGGCGUAGGUUACGGUGGAAUGAGCAGUAUGGGCUAUGGUGGGAUGAGGUCUGGCGGAAUGAGUGGUAUGGGACGAAUGAGUUUUGGCGGAGUGGAUGGGAUGGGUGGAGUGGAUGGGAUGGGCGGAACAGGUGGUAUUGGUGGAAUGAAUAGGAUGGGUGGAAUGGGUAUGAUGGGCGGAACAGGUGGUAUGGGUGGAAUGGGUAUGAUGGGCGGAAUGGGUGGGAUGGGUGGUCAUAUGGGUCAUGGUGGGAUAGAUGGCGGUAUGAUGAAUGGCAUUGGUGGAAUGACUGGAGGGAUGAGCGGCUUUGGAAUGAACAGACGAGGACACCACUACAAUAAAUGCUCAUGCAGAAAGCGCUGUUACCCAGCGGAAAGAUACGCAGGACGCUGUUGGUGGUGUAAAUAUCAUCACUGUAGGGUCCGAUGCUGUAGAAGAAUAUGGUCCUUCCACCACCAAGGUUAAGGGUAUUCGAUUCCGGAAUGUGCAAUGAAAACUAAGUCAACGUGGUUUACAUAUAUGCUCGUUACUGUUCAUCGCUUAUUUAGUCUCGCUAUAAUAAACUUAUUUCUGCAUUCA